AUGCUUAACCAACAGAACAUUAUUGAUAUCCGCGCCGCCAAGGUGGAAGACACCAUCUACUCGGCGGUGGUGGAUGGAAUCCAAAAAGAUCCGCGCACACUUCCCAUCCUUAUUCUCUACGGAACAGAAGGCUUGCAGCACUGGGACAAGCACUCCCAUGCCCCUGACUACUACCCUCGGCAUGAGGAGCUUCACAUCCUCCGGACCCAGGCUCAUCUCAUGGCCGAUACGAUUGCGGACAACAGCGCCAUUGUGGAUCUUGGCAGCGCGAGCCUGGACAAGGUGAUCGUGUUGCUCGACGCGCUGGAAGAGCAGAAGAAGAACGUGACCUACUACGCCCUAGACCUCAGCUACGAGGAGCUGGAAUCGACUCUCCGCACCCUGCCCACCGACAAAUACAGGCAUGUCCAGUGCGCCGCACUACACGGCACCUUCGAGGAUGGGCUCGAAUGGAUGAAGAACGACCCCCAGGCGAGCACCCGCCCUCACUGCGUGCUCUUCCUCGGGUCCACCAUCGGCAAUUUCUCCCGCAGCAACGCCGCCAGCUUCAUCCGCAACAUGGCAACCAGCGCGCUCACAGCCCAGCCGGACAAGAGCUCCAUCCUGAUCGGCAUGGACUCCUGCAAGCUGCCCACCAAGAUCCUGCGCGCGUACACCUCGGAAGGGGUGGUGCCGUUCGCGAUGGCGGGUCUCAAGUACGCGAGUACGAUCCUCCGCGACGGCCAGGGGGACGAGGCAGCCACUGCCAUCGAUGUGUUCCAGACCGACGACUGGUACUACCUCAGCGAGUACAACCACAUCCAGGGCCGCCACGAGGCGUCCUACACGCCGCGCAACCGCGAUAUCCGGCUCGGUGCCCCCCUGGAGCAUGUUGUCGUCAAGAAGGGCGAGAAGGUUCGAUUCGGCUACAGCCACAAGUAUGACGAGGCCGAGCGCAAGGCGCUCUUCAGCAAUGCUGGGGUCUCCGCGAUCCAAUCCUUCACGGACCCCAGCUGUGAUUUGGGCUUUUACCAGCUCAAGCUGCGGCAUAAUUAG